CCCAGUCCGUAGAAGGGGACAGUCAGAGGCAGAGGCAGAGGCUGCAGCGCCUGAAAAGUUCCGAAUUUGCCAGACAGAGUCCACGCAGAGCUGCUCGUCGCUUUGUGGCCGCAUCCGGAACUGUUAGCAGCAGUUGCUGUUGCCGGAAUUUGAUUUUAACGCAUUUCUCAGAGCCGCGUCGCCGUUUCCCAAUUGGCAACUGGCAACCAUAUCAAAACCGAGCUCAGGCCCAAACGGAAGAGUCUCGUCUGUGCCUCCGGAACGUUUCAAUGGCAACACAUUGAAAUUGGCUGAGCCAAAGGGGAGCCCAUCUCCACGUGGGCAUUCAUGUGGGAGAUCCGUUGGAAUGAGCUCCAAUUGUGGCGUCACAUGCUCUGACAAGUUAUUAUCUGCACGUCUGCCUCCCAAAUAAGCAUCCCCAUCAAUAUAACACUUGAACCAGGAGUAGGAAGAGGAGGUUCUCCUCAUGCUAAGUAUGGCCGCCAAGCGCAGCUCCCUGCUGCAGCUCCUCUGGAUCUCUUGGAUCACCUGGCAGCUACCUUUGGUCAGCGGAUAUCUAAACAUAUUUAUCAGCCACCACGAGGUGAUGAAACUGAUGGGGCUGGAGGCGGAUUUGUUCUACGUGCACGAGGGAGCCAUUAACACAUACGCGAUGCACUUCACCGUUCCCGUCCCGGCAGAUGUGCACGAGCUGGAGUUCUUCUGGCAGAAUCUCAUUGCUUAUCCCCUGCGCUACACUAUCAGCAUCGAAUAUGCGAACGACCAGGACGCACUGGGUACACCCACGCUGAGCAUUCCACACAAGGGUCUGGUGCCGCAGGAGAUCGAGUCCUUCCUGGUCUACCUGCCCUGCACCGGCAACGCCAGCCUCCAACUGCCGGUCAAUGUCAACAUGGUAGUGCAGGGACCUCCCCGCUUCAACGACACCCGGCUCCACUUCAAGCGCAACAAGAUCUGUGCCAAGGGCAUCUCACCCGAACCAAACCAGUCGCCGGCCCCAGCCCACGCCCCUUCCCAAGGACCGGCUUUGAUGAGCGCCGCUGCCUGCGCUCUGGGCCUAGUUUUAGCCGUAGGCCUCGUGGCUAGCAUGAUGUAUGUGCGGGCUCGCAAGCAGCUGCGCCAGGACUCGCUACACACCAGCUUCACUAUGCCGAGUGCCACCGGAUCCUACGCGACCAUCACCAGCCUCAAUAAAUAUCCAGCAGAGACCAAAAAGUCGUGCAGCAUAUUCGACCGGUUCCGCAGCUCGCCCACACCCACACCCUACGCCACCGCCCUGCUGCCAAUGGGAGACCAGAACGGGGAGACCAUUUACUCAAAGCCAGAAUCAGUCUGUCCCUCGAGAAUAUCCUACUACGCCUCCUCCCAGCUAACCCAGGUGAGUUCCAAUUCCAAUCGCCAUCUGCCCUGA